UCAUUGCCUAGUCGUUUCCUCGCGCUACCCAAACGUCUGAAGGUGCCACUGGACUUACCCACAUGUUCCUUGGAGUUGCCUAAUGUGCCUGAACCUCCACUAGCAUUGCCCAGUGGAUUCAAGUCACCGCCGACACCCGAGAUACAUAGCCCACUACCACCGGCACCGCCCGAAGCAAAGACCUCAAAGCCUUGGGCGCCGUCUAACUCCCCCUUUUAUUCAUUGGAGCCAUCGCCCAAAGCACUAAAUAAGCCACUAGCGCCAUUGAAACGGGCUCCAUCACCGUCUAGAGCACAGCUGGCGUUGACUAGCAUGCCGCUGGCACAGUCCAGCACGUGGCAGGCACCGCCCAGCUCGCCCAAGGAGCCUCCCAUGCACCGGUAUCCCUCUCGCCCUCUCUCCAUCCUAUUGGCGCCACCCUCUCCACCUUGGGUUCUUCCAUUGUCGCCGAGUAAGGCAUGGGUGUCACCACCUCCACCUUGGGUGCCUCCAACAUUGCCAGUCGUGCCCUAG